ACCAAUGAAAAACAGAUUUUUUUAUUCAAGACAAAGCAGUCGAAACAAAUAUCAACCAUGCUUCUAUGGAGUUUAAUGCUUUUGAUAUCUUUGAGUCAUGUUUUGGCUGCAGAAUCCUGGAAGAAACCUGGAUGCCAUAGAAUAGGUCAUACAAGAAACAUCAGCAUUCCAGACUGCGUCGAGUUUAAAAUAACUACAAACGCUUGCCGUGGCUUCUGCGAGUCUUGGUCGCUGCCAAGUAUCAUGCUGGGGUUUAAGAGGCAUCCAGUCACAUCCCUGGGACAGUGCUGUAAUAUUAUGGAGUCUGAAGACGUUCCAGUAAAAGUUCUCUGCUUAGAUGGCGAAAGAAAUUUAAUAUUUAAAUCGGCUAUAUCCUGCGCCUGCUACCAUUGUCAAAAGGAAUAAUUUAA